CCGGAAGCGGUGGCCCCAGGGGGAAGAUGGCGCCCUCGGGGCUGAAGGCGGUGGUGGGGGAGAAGAUUCUGAGCGGAGUUAUUCGAAGUGUCAAGAAGAAUGGAGAAUGGAAGGUCCUCGUCAUGGACCGCCCCAGCAUGCGGAUCCUGUCCUCCUGCUGUAAGAUGUCUGACAUUUUGGCGGAGGGCAUCACCAUUGUGGAGGACAUUAACAAGCGCAGGGAACCCAUCCCCAGCUUGGAAGCCAUUUACCUGUUGAGCCCGUGUGAGAAGUCUGUCCAGGCUCUGAUCAAUGACUUCCGGGGAACCCCUACCUUUACCUACAAAGCGGCCCACAUCUUCUUCACAGACACGUGUCCUGAGCCCCUUUUCCUCGAAUUGGGCCGAUCGAGGCUGGCCAAGGCGGUGAAGACACUGAAGGAGAUUCAUUUGGCUUUCCUUCCCUACGAGUCCCAGGUGUUUUCCCUGGAUGCGGCCCAUAGUACUUACAACUUGUACUGCCCCUUCCGGGCUAACACAAGGAUCCAGCAGCUGGAGAGGUUGGCCCAGCAGAUCGCCACUCUCUGCGCCACUCUGCACGAGUACCCUGCUAUUCGCUACCGAAGGGGGUCUGAGGACACAGCCCAGCUUGCCCAUGCUGUCCUUGCCAAGCUCAAUGCCUUCAAAGCAGACAAUCCCAGUCUGGGGGAGGGCCCUGAGAAGAUGCGCUCUCAGCUCCUGAUUGUGGACCGGGGCUCAGACCCUGUGUCUCCUUUGCUGCAUGAGCUCACUUUCCAGGCCAUGGCCUAUGACCUUCUGGACAUCCAGCAGGAUACCUACAGGUAUGAGACCACAGGUCUGAGUGAGGCCCGGGAGAAGUCUGUGCUGCUGGAUGAGGAUGAUGAGUUGUGGGUGGAAUUGAGGCACAUGCACAUUGCAGAUGUGUCCAGGAAGGUCACAGAGCUGCUGAAGACCUUCUGUGAGAGCAAGAGGCUGACUACAGAUAAGGCCAAUAUCAAAGAUCUCUCCCACAUCUUGAAAAAGAUGCCCCAGUAUCAGAAGGAACUGAACAAGUACUCAACACACUUGAACUUGGCUGAUGACUGCAUGAAGCACUUCAAGGGCACCGUGGAGAGGCUCUGCAGCGUCGAGCAGGAUCUGGCUUUGGGCACAGAUGCAGAAGGGGAGAAGAUUAAAGAUGCCAUGAAGCUCAUUGUUCCUGUGCUGUUGGACACGGGGGUCCCUCCGUAUGAUAAGAUCCGUAUCCUCCUACUCUAUAUCUUGCUACGGAAUGGAGUAACCGAGGAGAAUCUGGCUAAGCUCAUCCAACAUGCCAACGUGCAGGCGUAUAGCAACCUCAUCCGGAACCUGGAGCUGCUAGGGACCACGGUCACCAUCGCCACGGCCUCCGGGGUCUCUACCCGAGGGGAGCGAAAGGAGAGGUUGGAGCCGACCUACCAGCUGUCCCGCUGGACACCCGUCAUCAAGGACGUGAUGGAGGAUGCCGUGGAGGACAAGCUGGACCGGAAACUGUGGCCCUUUGUGUCUGACCCAGCCCCUGCUGCCAGCUCCCAGACUGCCGUCAGCGCCCGCUUUGGUCACUGGCACAAGAACAAAUCUUCGGUGGAAUCUUCCCGGGCCGGGCCUCGACUCCUGGUUUACAUACUGGGGGGCGUGGCAAUGUCUGAGAUGCGGGCAGCCUAUGAGGUGACCCGGGCCACCGAGGGAAAGUGGGAGGUGCUCAUUGGCUCUUCGCACAUCCUCACUCCCACCCAGUUCCUGGAUGACCUCAAGAAUCUGGACCAGAAGCUGGAGGACCACCCCAUGCCUUGAGGCCGGAGCAGCUUGAUGCAUUCCCCUCCCCUGCACCCAACAGGCAAUAAAAUCCCAUCGAUCCUCGAUCUCACCUCACCCCCUCUCUGGGUCACCUUCUUCCUGCGUCCAGACCCUCCUAGCAGCCCUGACCUCAGGGAGCCUUCACCAUUGGAGCGCAGAAGUGAGGGGACUGAUGUGUACCUUCUUUGAUGCCUUGUGAGGAUGGAUCCCAGCCCGGCGGCUCCUUCUUGGCCCGUGCGGCGCUUGUCCCUGUCCGCCCCAUUGGGGGCAGUGUCCACCUGACGGCCUUCCUCGAGCUCUCACAUCCUGUAGGUACCAGCCCCACGCUCUGAUGUCUCUCCGCCAUCCCUCAGUCUUACUGCUGGGCUGGCCCGCUUCCUUUUCUAAUCAUGUCCAUAGCGAAGAUGGCACUGGCCGUGACAUGAAGGUUUGAUUGGAGGGGGAAGACAUGGAAGUGGAAGACGGCUCUCUGGGCGGGUGGCGAUGAGCUCCUGGAUGAAUGGUGGUGUUGGCCACUGCUCUCCCUCUUUUGGGCAUCUGAGGGCUCCUUAUAAAGAAAGUAAGGGACUUUCCCCUAGAUUAGGGGCUCUUCACCUGGGGUCUGUGGAUAGAUUUUCAGGAUCUCUGUGGACUUCAGUGGGAAGAAAAAAUUACAUCUUUAUUUCAAUAUAA